CGCAUGCGCAGGGAAGCCGCUUCGCUCAAGCUGUCAGCUGUGUGUGUCGCCGCUUUCCUCCGCCACCAGGGAAUGUCCCGGGAAGCCACCGUAGCGCUCAGACGUCUCUGCGUUAAGGCCUGAGGACAAGGGGCUCUGCUUCUCCGCGAUUACCUGUGAUGCUCACUAGACUAUGCUAUCAUCCUCCUCCCUCGUCAUCAAACAAGCUGCAAUAUCUGGUCUGUUUUUGGACGAAUAAGGGAGAAUAACUCCUCUGAACCACUAUAGCCAACAGUGGCAGGCUCUGGAGUGCGGUACAGCAAAGCCAUGGAUCCUUGAUCGUGCUGGACCACCACUGAGCAGAACGGACCUCUCUAUCCCCUGACACUGUAUCCACCAGGGGCCGGUUGGGACGACCGCGUCGUGGGGCUUUCAUUCCCAGUCACAUCUGAUCCGUUGACUUUUCUCGGAGCGAACCGAUCGUAACGAUGUUCUCGGCCCUGAAGAAGCUGGUGGGGUCCGAGCCGGGACAGCUCAGGGACAAAAACAUUCCCGCUGGCCUGCAGUCCAUGAACCAGAGUCUGCAGCGCCGCUUCGCCAAGGGAGUCCAGUACAACAUGAAGAUAGUGAUUCGCGGGGACAGGAACACGGGAAAGAGCACCCUAUGGCACCGACUUCAGGGGAAGAAGUUCCUGGAGGAAUACCUGCCCACGCAGGAGAUCCAGGCGACCAGCAUCCACUGGAACUACAAAACUACGGAUGACGUGGUCAAGGUAGAGGUGUGGGAUGUUGUGGACAAAGGCCAGAAAUAUCCUCUUCUUGAUGGCAAGGGAAAGAAGCGCGGCGAAAACUUGAAGAUGGAGAAUGAGACCCCGGAGUCGGACGAGGUGGCGCUGGACGCAGAGUUCCUCGACGUCUACAAGAACUGCAACGGUGUCAUCAUGAUGUUUGACAUUACCAAGCAGUGGACGUUCAACUACAUCCUGCGGGAGCUGCCCAAGGUGCCCCCCCACGUGCCGGUGUGCGUGCUGGGGAACCACCGCGACAUGGGCGAGCACCGCGUCAUCCUCCCCGACGACAUCCGCGACCUCAUCGCCAGCCUCAACAGGCCGAUGGGAGCGUCCUACAUCCACUACGCCGAGUCCUCCAUGAAGAACGGCUUCGGCCUCAAGUACCUCCAUCGCUUCUUCAACAUCCCCUUCCUGCAACUGCAGAGAGAGACCCUGCUCCGACAGCUGGAGACCAACCAACUCGACAUGGACGCUACUCUGGAGGAGCUCUGUGUUCAGCAGGAGACGGAGGACCAGAACUACGAGAUCUUCCUGGAGAACCUGGAGACCCGCAGCAAGGCCUUCGGCUCCCCGGGGCCCGCCAACGGCCAGAGCCCGUCGUCGGGCUCCCAGUCCCCCGUGGUCCCCCAGAGCGGGGCCUCCACUGGCAGCUCCAGCCCCAGCACCCCCCAGCCCCCCACGCCCUUCCAGACCCAGGGCUCGGCCCCCCAGCCUCCGCCCGCCGCCCCCCCCUCCUCCGCCCCGGCCCCCCCCUCCACCCCGGCCGAGCCCUGGGGGGCGGUCCAGUCCCCCGAGCACCCCCGGCUGGCCCAGUCGCCGGCCUCCGGGGCCUCCGGCGCCCCCAGACCCUCCACCCCGGCCUCGCCCGCCCUGGCGGCCCCCCAGGACCAGGCCCCCCAGAAGCGCGGCUUCAUCUCCCGCUGGUUCGGCUCCUCGGGGCCCCCGGAGGCCCAGUCCGCAGCCCCAGACGGCGGGGCGGAGCAGCCCGUGUGUCCCGCCAGCGUCAGGAGCGUGGACGACUUUGUCCCCGACGAGAGGCUGGACCGCAGCUUCCUGGAGGACGGGGGGGGCUCCAAGGCUAAAGCCCCCCCGCCCGCCCACAGCAACGUCCUGGACAGCGACAGUGACGGCGAGGGCCGGGGCAACCCCAUGGUGUCGGGCUUCCAGGACGAGCUGGACCCCGACGACCAGGCCCUGCCCCAGCCCCGGGGCCCGGCCCGCGUCCAGCCCCCCAGCCGGGACGUCACCCUGACCAGCGACGAGGAGGACCCCCCCGCGCCCGCCCUCACCCCCCACGUCCUGGACCUGGACAGCGAGCCGGAGAUGAAGAGGUCCGUCAUCAGCACCACCAAACCAAAGGCCGCGGCCAAGAAGGGUCCGGAGCCCAAAGCGCCCGGCCAGCUCCUGCUGACCCCCGCCCCCAUCUCCCUCACCCUGACCCCCACGACCGAGCAGCCAAUCAGCAGGCAGCAGGGCAAGAAGAAGGGCAACUCCCCCAAGGCGGAGGACUCCGACACGGAGACGGAGACGCCCGUGGCCCAGCAGACGCUGUCCUUCGUCAUGGACGACCCCGACUUUGAGUCCGACGCCUCGGAGACGCCCCAAGUGACCAAGGAAGUGUUUCCGGUCAGGGCGGAGCUUCUGUCUGACCUAUCGGAGGACGAGGUGCGGCCAGCCAAAGGGGCGGUGACCCUUAAGCCGGCCGUCAUCUCCUUCAAACACAAGAACGACACGGAUCUGUUCGGGCUGGGCUUUGGAGAGGAGCCGGCCGCCGCCAAGGACAGCAGUGACGAGCAGGAAGAGAAGGAAAGCAAACCCUCCCUGAAGGAGAAGAAGAAGAAGAAGAAGAAGGUGAAAGAGGUCGAGGAGGAGGAGAAGAGCAAGAAGAAACACAAACACAGGAAGAAGGAGAAGGAGGAGGUGGCAGCUGGGGCGGCGGAGGACAAGGACAAGGAGAAGAAGAGGAAGGCCAAGCCGUCCCGGGCCAAGAAGACGGACGUGGACGAGCUGGAGGACUUCCUGGGCGGGGGCGGGGCCUCCGUGCGGCCCGAAGGCGGGGACUACGAGGAACUCUAGAGCGCAAAGAGGGCGGAGCCUCCAUCGAAUGUGUGCGCGCGUGUGUUCGGACCUCCAGCAUCUCCCCCCCCCCCCCCCCCCCCCCCGCUCCAGAACCAAACACACGACCUCCUCAUGCGCUCCACUGUCUUUUCCGACCAAUGAGAUCAAGGCGAGGAGACUAGAACCGUGUACUGUAAGAGAUGAUUGGAGCAGAGCUCCCCUCCUCCCGCCCCCCUGUACUUUGGACUCACUUACAAACUGACUGUGCUUAAUAAUUUGGAUUUAAUUCAGUUUUCCGGUGGAUGUCUGCACAGCCGUAGUCCGGUGUGGUGAGGGUCCCCUUAGGGCUCCGUCGUCGUCGUGGUCUGAUGUCUCUGUGUUUUUAGUGUAUCGAUUGCGAGCAUGCUCAGUUUGGUGACUGAUACCCUUCGGAUCGCCCGGAUAGAUGUAUUGAUUAUCGUUUGUCCCUUGCUCUUCUGCGGUUGACGGACUCUAUCAUGGCAGCUUUAGGCACGCGCCUGCCCCCCACUGUGUCGUGAGCCGAAGAAGAAAUCUGAAUACACGAAGAAUCAUCCUCAUCCUCAUCUGGGGAGACGCGGCCGUCAAGCACUCCACCUCGCCCCCACGGUUACCGUCGUCGUGUGUGCGUUUGCAUCCACCGGCCGCUUCAACACUAAUGACUUCACAAACUGCACCGAGGAACGGGGCCGUCAAGACGCGGGCGGGUCGUCUCCCGGCGGGGUGCGUUCGUUUUCCACUCCCUUCGCCUCCCCAGCGAGGCUCUGUUGGUUUGAGUUUGUGUCUUCUGUUUUCGUUUGUUUCUUUGGAUUCUCUAUUGGUUCCACAUUUCCUCAGAGGCCUUAAAGGUUGAGGUCGCUCCAUACAUUUCAAGUGUUCUUACUGUAGGCCGUGUUUCAUGUUUAGAGAACUCCUUCCCACUCGCUCUGGCUCCCCGACGCCCGGUCCGUGGAAGCUGUGGAGCUCCACGCUCGACCACAAUGCGCUCUUGUAUUAGAUUGCAGUGGGUCCACAACUCGGUGUGUUCGUUAAUUCUCUCACUCUAAACCGAAUAAGGAGCCGCUAUUUCUGCCACUACAACCUUUUUCGAGACCGGUUCUUUUAACGUUCGAUUUUUUGGUGUCGUGUCGUUUUUGCUUGUGUAAAUUGCAUAUCAUGGCCGGCACCCUCUCGGGUGCUAUGAACGUACUGCAGCCGAGCUUGGGCUGUGAGGAUCGGUUUAUUUUAUCAAUGUCCCCGUUGACUCUCGCCCACCGUCUCCCCUCCUUCCCUUUCUCUAUGUCGUCAUGGAAACGUGUCGUUGCCCGGAUUCAUCGAUUGAUGGACUCCGGUCAGAGGAUGCUCCCCUCUGUGCAGUCAAGUUUGGUUAGGCCGUUUGGCCAGCAGGACUGUACUGGCUCAAACCGGCUGUCCCCCUAUUUACUGUCACCCACAAGACACAAGACUAAGUUAUGUGGAUUUCUUUAUUAAAAACAUUUUAUUUACAAAGCGACGAAGGUAAUGGAACGGCUUGUCUAUUCCCCCUGUCACGUUUUUAUUUGGUUGCUUUACAGCUGACUUUGUGUUUGAAAUCUUCUCCAAGAUGAAACUAUGCAGCCUCCAUCGUCCAUACUGUGUGCUCAAGAGCUUUCUUUUUUAUGUCUUCUUUGGUGUGUGUGUGUGUGUGUGUGUGUGUGUGUGUGUGUGUGUGUGUGUGUGUGUGUGUGUGUGUGUGUGUGUGUGUGUGUGUGUGUGUGUGUGUGUGUGUGUGUGUGUGUGUGUGUGUGGGCAUAGCAAAAACAAAUGUAUAAAGUAUAUAAUGAUAUAUAUUUGAAGAUUUUUGUUCCAAAAUUAGAUCUGUGUGAAGAGAAUGGUUAGCUGUGUUCUGGUUAUUGCUAAUAGGAGCUUAAGUCCUUUUCUGAACAAUAAAGACUGUCCGCCUCAGUAACUAAAUCUGCAAUAGCUCUAACGAUACACUCUUCAGCACUUUUUACUUGUCAACCUUCAAACGAUAUUCUAUGUGUUACGAUAUGUUUAUUUUGGAACCAAACCUUUCCUUUUUCAUUCCACCACAUGUUUACACUGUGUGAGUUUGCCCAUGUUGGUUUGUUCAAUAAAUGCAAACUAAUUUCA